AUGGAAAGCGAAAGAGGGUACGACAAUCCGACAACCUUCAAUAACACGGACGCUGUCAGUUUCCAAGCACUUCACCAGACGAUAAACACCGACAGCAUUGUCCUCAACAAUGGCCAGACCAGGGCAUAUAUGAAUAUCGACGAAGAAGUUCUUGGCUCUCUCGCAUUCCCAGAAAUGCACCAAAGACAAAGCAAUAUUGAGAAACCUCACAUGCACACCUGCAGUUGGAUUCUCAAACUAAAAGAGUACAAUGACUGGAUGAACGCGUCUAAUGGUCUCCUGUGGAUCAAAGGAAAGCCAGGCUCUGGAAAAUCAACCAUCAUGGCAUUCUUAUACCAACAGAUCAUGAAACCGCACACUGCAGAGAAGGGUAUUGCGCUAGAAUUUUUCUUCAGUGCUCGAGGGUCCGAAUUACAACGCACACCGCUAGGACUGUUUAGGACAUUGCUGAAUCAGCUAUAUCGCCAAGAUUUUAAUCUAUGCACAGUCCUGCGUGAAGUAUAUCAGGACAAAUGCGAUUCAUUCGGUCGAUCAAAGCACGGGUGGGAGUGGCAACUACCUGAGCUAGAGAGGGUCUUUUACGAUAAUAUCGCGAUCUCUGCCCAAAGACAACCCUUAAUCAUCUUCGUGGAUGCGCUAGACGAAGCCGGGCAGGAGUCCGCACGAUAUCUUGCCAAAUUCUUUCACCACGUUAAUGAUUUGAUUAAAAAACGUCCAGCGUCCGGAAAGAUAUGUAUUGCAUGCCGGCACUAUCCUGGCAUAACCAGUACGUGUGGGAUCGAGAUCGUGGUAGAAGAUCACAACCACGAUGAUAUCACGACAUAUGUGCGUGAUUCUCUCCCUUUGGGCUUCCCCUUAUCGCCGGGCACACCUAGUUACCAAUCUUGGGACUCUGUGGUAAACGAUCUGAUCAAAUCUGCACAUGGUGUUUUCCUGUGGAUUCGUCUUGUCGUACCUCUGGUGGAAAAAAGGGUGCAAGAUGGGGAGUCGCCUGAAAAUAUUCAGCGUUUCUUACGGAAAGUCCCUCAAAAGCUCGGGGAUGUUUACGAAGAUAUCUUGCGGAAUACUAUUGAACAAGAAUAUCGUAGCCAGGCAUCUCUCCUAUUUCAAUGGGUAUGUCUUGCAGAAAGACCUCUGUCAGUGACAGAGAUGCGAUAUGCGAUGUCAGCGAGGGACAUUUCCAUGAGUCCAUCCCGUGUGCGAUGCAAUGAAACUUCUACGUUUGUCACAUCUGAUGAGCUUAUGAAGUUACGAAUAAGAGCCUGGUCUGGCGGGUUAAUCGAGGCGAUAAUAGAUCAAAAGUCCACAACUGAGACCGUACAAGUCAUUCAUCAAUCCGUGAAUGAUUUUAUUGUCGAUAAAGGCCUAGUUGUUCUUUCUGGACUCCACGAUGGCGAACAGAAGCGUUGCCAGUUGGAAGGAAGACAAUGGAAUAGCACCUUUAUGAUGAAGCAUAGUCAGGGUGUAAUAUACCGCUCAUGUUUAAACUAUCUUGCUACGGAAGACGUUCAAGUUACAUCAGAUGACAACAAGGAAAGGCUUUUACAACGUUGGCCCUUUCUCAACUACGCCACGAUUCAAAUUUUCAUGCAUGCCCGCAAGGCAGUGGAACACCGUUUUGGAAAUGUUGAAAAGGAGGUGUUUCUACUGCAACAUGUUAUCCAAAAAUGGAUUGCCAGUUAUAGUUUGAUGGAUGGGUUUUCUCCAAUGUGUCCAGUGCCCAUCACAACGUUACUACACAUUGGUUCCGCCAGCAAUAUGACCGAUAUUAUAAAGGAUCUAGUAUGCAGAAAGAUAUAUUUGAACGAAGAGGACAGCAUCGGAAGCACCGCGCUUCAUUAUGCAGCAAAUUAUGGAAGUACAGAAGCUGCAGAGAUUCUACUCCGAAGCGGAGCUGACAUAAAUUUGAAAAACCAGAGGAGUGUGACUCCUCUUGUCUCUGCAGCGGGGCAUGGCCAAAAGGCGCUUGUUGAGCUACUGCUUAGAGAAGGGUCAAACGUUAACGAAUCAACUGGGUAUUCUGGGAACGCGCUGCAACAGGCAGCCUCCUCCAAAGGGUCAAAAGAGGUGGUCCAAGUGCUGCUCAAUGCAGGUGCAGAUAUCAACGCGCAAGGUGGACAAUUUGGUAACGCGCUCCAGGGAGCCUCCUACCAAGGGUCAAAAGAGGUGGUCCAAGUGCUGCUCAAUGCAGGUGCAGAUGUCAACGCGCAAGGUGGAAAGUAUGGGAACGCGCUCCAGGCAGCCUCCUUCCGAGGGUCAAAAGAUGUGGUACAAUUGUUGCUCAAUGCGGGUGCAGAUGUCAACGCGCAAGGUGGAGAGUAUGGCAACGCGCUCCAGGCAGCCUCCUUCCGAGGGUCAAAAGAUGUGGUCCAAUUGCUGCUCAAUGCAGGUGCAAAUGUCAACGCGCAAGGUGGACACUUUGGCAACGCGCUCCAGGGAGCCUCCUCCGAAGGGACCAAAGAGGUGGUCCAAUUGCUGCUCAGUGCAGGUGCAAAUGUCAACGCGCAAGGUGGAAUCUAUGGCAACGCGCUCCAGGCAGCAUCCUCCGAAGGGACCAAAGAGGUGGUCCGAAUGCUGCUCGAUGCGGGUGCAAAUGUCAACGCGCAAGGUGGAAUCUAUGGCAACGCGCUCCAGGCAGCCUCCUUCCGAGGGUCAAAAGAUGUGGUCCAAGUGCUGCUUAAUGCAGGUGCAGAUGUCAACGCGCAAGGUGGACAGUAUGGCAACGCUCUGAUAGCCGCCAUAUUUCGGCAACGCCGUAAUGUUAUAGCGCUUCUUCUCGCUAAUGGCAUCAACCCCUCUCUACCGUCUCAAAAUGGUCAGACGGCUGCUCAUAUUGCCGCACGGGCAGGCUCUAGUGCGAUCAUUGAUAUCAUAAAAAUUAACCCUGCAUGCCUUCAUACCAAGGAUUUGUUCGAUAGAACGCCUAUUCAUCUUGCCAUAUAUUCCGGCCAUCUUAAACAUAUUCCCCUUUGGUCCACUGGAGAUCACGACCACCCUAUUAUGGAUCACUACGGCAAGACUCUGCAGGACUGGGCUACUCGCGACCAAGCUAUGUCGAUCGAGUUGCAGAAAUAUUUGCCUGUGCUUCCUCCUACUCCAAAUCACAUCCAAAUCAAGGUUCUCUCACAAUCUGUACGAACAUUAACGAAAAAACUGCUCUACACAAACAGAUGGGCAUCACCUGGACUAUUCGAAUUAGGUCGUUGUUUAAUGUUGCUUGAAAAGUUCGAUGACGCUCGUUUCGUGUUAUCUCAGCAAGCUGCACAACUGGCAAGCGAGAUCUCGAUUUAUCUGCAAAGCAUGUCCUGA